UAGUUCCUUUGCUCUCUUCUUAACUCUGUUUGUUUAUGUGUAUAUUCUGUCGUUGCGCUGCGAGUUGAUGAAAUAGUUCCUCGCCACCGCCCGCCUCCCGUGCAACGAGACUUUGUCACCUCGUUGCGUCCAUUCAUUCAAACCCAGCCGCUGUUUUGAUUCUUGUUUCUGUCUUCAAUCGCGUUACUUCCGUCAUCAGGGGGCCUUUAAUUGUUCGUGUCCAUCCCGACGGGAGCUGGCCAAAGCACUGCGUUAUCGCACCGCAACCUUGAACCACGAAAAACCUCUUUUCGCCGAUCUUACCCCUAAUUCCACUCGCCUCACCAAGAUUUUCACGAUGCUUCCUUUCUCGAACCAGCGCCGAUACUCCCAGGACGACACGGGAGAACCCGACCCAGAGUCAGACCAGCUCAUCCCCGCGAAGAAGCGCCGACACCGCGUCCGCGUUCAGGGCCGACUCGCCGUCGUCCGCAGCGUGUCCACAGUGAAUCUGCGACCCACGCCGUCAGUGGCCCCAGAGCUGCCAUCCCCAGUUGUCGGUAACGGUGCCGGGGGGGCAGCGAGUGCAAAGUUCGAGUCGGGCGUGGCUGGGAGCACAGUAGCGCCGGUACGGAGGAGGAAGAGCUUGGAUGAUGCGAGUAGCGACGAGGAGGAGGACGAUGUCAAGGAGACUGCGGUGAGAGACCGCCAGUUUCGAGGAUACGGGAUUGGAGGGGCUGGGAACAUUAGACGACCAACAGAAGUCUACGGCUCCGCCAAAUCAAGCUCGUCAUCCUCUCGAUUCUCCAUAUUCCCCUCUUCCGGGCCAUCGGACGAUCCAGACAGGAGGCAUUGGAGCUUCAAAGACCUGUUCGCCCGGGCAAGCGACCGCAAAGGAAAAGGGACCGCUUGACCAGGC